GCAUGCCACUUGAAAAAGAUUACUCGUGUGAUGACGUCCAUGGGGCUGCGUGUGAUCAUGCUGGCGCUGUGCAGCGCUGUCGCGUUUUCGUCCGCCUUUUAUACGUCGGCAAGUGCUGUGAAGAACUUGGACCCCAAAUCCUUCGAAAAGGAAGUCAUUGGCGGCAAGGGUGUGUGGUUCGUUGAGUUUUACGCGCCAUGGUGCGGUCACUGCAAGAACCUUGCUCCGGAAUGGAAGAAAGCUGCGAAGGCGUUGGAUGGAAUUGUGAACGUUGCUGCUGUCGAUUGCGACCAACACAAAGAACUUGCUGGCAAGUACGGCGUCCAAGGGUUUCCGACCAUCAAAGUGUUUGGAGACAACAAGCGUUCCCCCACGGAUUACCAAGGCCAACGCACGGCGCAGGCGAUUGUAGACGCAGCCGUCAAGGAAGCGUCCAAGUUAGCGAAGGCUCGUAUGUCUGGCAAAGCAUCGACUGGCAAGCCUUCGCCGCAAGAAAAGCCCAAACCCAAGUCGAAGCCGUCGCCUUCAUCCUCUGCCGUUGUCACACUCACUGACGACAACUUUGACGAGCUCGUGUUAAACAGCGGCGACGUGUGGAUGGUGGAGUUCUACGCCCCUUGGUGUGGUCACUGCAAAUCGUUGGCUCCGGAAUGGGAACAAGCUGCCUCGGAGCUGAAGGGUCAAGUAAAGUUGGGUGCUUUGGACGCCACAGCGGCCGAGCGCAAGGCGAGUGAGUAUGGCAUCAAGGGUUUUCCUACGAUCAAGCUGUUCGGACCGACGGCAUCGUCUGCGUCGGAUGCUCAGGACUACCAAGGGCCUCGCCAAGCGUCGGGCAUAGUCUCGUAUGCGCUGCACCAGCUCGAGAAACUUGGAGGUGGCUUGAAGGUGCCUGAAAUCACGUCGAUGAGCACGAUGCAAGACCACUGUGCUGGCAAGUCGAUCUGCGUCGUUGCGGUCUUGCCUCACAUCUUCGACUCGGGGGCGAAGGGCCGCACAGAUUACCUGAGCCAAGUCGAAGGUGCUGCCAAGUUGGUGCGUGGCAAGCCGUUCCGGUUCUCAUGGGUCCAGGGUGGCGACCAAAACAAGCUCGAGCAAGCGUUCGACCUCACGUUUGGAUACCCUGCGGUCGUGGCGAUUUCGCUCGACAAGCAGCGGUACUCGGUCAUGCGCGCCGCGUUCGAUAGCAAGUCGAUUGCCACGUUCCUCGAAGAUAUUUUUUCUGGCAAGCAGAGCACAUACCCGUACGACAAUCUACCGGCGAUCCACACCGUGACGCCUUGGGACGGCAAGGACGCCAAGGUCGACGCGAUUGUCGACGACGAUGACGACGAUAUCCUCAAGGAGCUCGGUCUCGGCGGCGGCAGCGACGAGCUUUAGAUAUGAUGCUUCUUCGGUUUGUGACACGGUCCAUGCCAAGUUGGUCUAAUGACAAAGUUUUGCUGGAAUGCGGUUGAACAU